CUCUCGCACGGCUCCGUGUGUUCGCCGGAGUCGCUGUUCAGAGUUCCGUUGCGUUUUGAGGUGUUCGCUUCGCCAUUUUGCUUGGAGGAGGAUUCGUUUUGCGAGAGAGAAAUCAUUUCGAGCGCGAAUUUUGAUCGGUUUCAUUUUCACCAAAAACGCGUUCGUUCUUUUAAACCUUUAGACGGGUAAAUUCGAUUUUAAUAAAAGAAAUAGUGUUAGUGCGUGUUCUUUUUCUUCUCUUUUUGGAUUAAAGUGGUUUUUCUUCUUGGUAUAUGAGUGCGCCUACCUCGAAGAGGAUUAUGUGUGAACCUGUUAUGUUCGUUUGAGAGAGGUGAAUUCUCGGGUUGGGUGAGAGGAACGGACGCAGAGUUUGCGGUGUAUUGGAAAAGAGGCAUGCACACCCCAGAGAAUACAUUGGAGCGAGGGUCCCACCCUCCUCCGCCUCCCUACACUGCACCGGCUCGCCCUUGCGAAGAUCAGGAAGAAAAUAGGGACGACUACUACCUUACGGUUUCAAUGCCUAACGUCGGCGACAACUUCGAUAACAGCAUGCUCUACAUCGAAAAUAACCUGGAUCAAUUAGAUAUUCAAGAUGGUGGUGGCCACCCUCAAGUUGUUGGCAUAAAAGUGCCCGAAUCCCAAUGCAACGAUAGCUCACCAGAUGCUUCUCAAACAGAGUUUAACGUAAACAAAGGUUGGAUGAAUGGCAUUUUUGGUUGUCUUCGUCCGUUUUUGUCAGCAAUUGGAAAAGGAGGUGUCAACGAAAUCAAAGGAACACCAGAUGAUUGGGAGAUUCCGUUCGAAAAUAUUAGUGAAUUAUCGCUUCUUGGAGCUGGAGGACAAGGAGUUGUCUUUUAUGGGAAAUUAAAUAACGAAGAAGUUGCAGUAAAAAAAGUUCAAGAUGUUAAAGAGACCGACAUCAGGAAUUUACGUAAACUGAAUCAUCCGAAUAUCAUUAAAUUUAAGGGAGUUUGUACGCAAAAACCUUGCUAUUGUAUUGUUAUGGAGUAUUGCCCUUAUGGACCAUUAUACAACUUGUUGAGGAAUAAUAGUGAUUGCAUCACACCAGCUAGAGUUGUAGAUUGGUCUAAACAAAUCGCUGCGGGGAUGCAAUAUCUCCAUGCCCAUAAGAUCAUCCAUAGAGAUUUAAAAAGUCCCAAUGUUUUAAUUGGUGAUGAAAGAAUCAUAAAAAUCAGCGAUUUUGGAACUUCAAGAACAUGGAACGAAGUAAGUACAAAAAUGAGUUUUGGUGGUACAGUUGCGUGGAUGGCACCCGAAGCAAUAAAAGAAUCUCCAUGUUCCGAAAAAAUUGAUAUUUGGUCAUUUGGCGUGGUUUUAUGGGAAUUAUUAACAUGCGAAGUGCCUUACAAAGACAUGGAACGAAGUGCAAUUAUGUACAUGGUCGGAAUGGGAAAAUUAAAACCCCCAAUCCCAUCAACUUGCCCUGAAGGAUUCAAACUUUUAAUGAACAUGUGCUGGAAUUAUAAUCCAAAAGACAGGCCUUCAUUUAAAUUAAUCAGCAGCCAUUUAGAAAUUGCUGCAGCAGAAAUUUUAAGCCAGUACAAAGACGAGCAAUUCUUUAAAACCCAAGAAACAUGGAAAGUUGAAAUUCAAUCGAUUAUCACCGAAUUUAAAAUGGAAUUGCAAAAUAAGCGUAGAGAAUUGCAAUUGAAAGAGGAGCAAUUGAUCAAGGAAAGAGAAUCAGAAUUGAGGCAUUUAAGGGAUAUUAGGGUUUAUUAUGAUAGGAGAUUAGCCAAAGUUAAUCAAAUGUAUCAGCAAUUGACGUCGGUCUUAACACAACUGGAACACCAACCCAAGGAUUUGAGAAGAAGAAAAAUUCCAUUUAUAAAUCGAAAAGUUGAAAAAAGAAAAUGUGUUCAAAGUAGUACAACACCAACAAGUCCCGAUUGUCUUACAAGUCCAGAUAGUCCACAAAUUAUUCCUUCAAAAUCUUCAUUAUGCGUUAAAUUAAAUUCAUCCAACAAACCGGAAUCAACGACAAUUUCCCAUCACAGUUCAACACGAUCCCGAAAGAGACAAUACAGCAGUACAUCUUCGAGGGUUUCAACACGGUCAAAAGGAACAUCAACGGCGCAAAUGGUUGAUACAGAAACUCAAACUGAUUUAAGCGAAAAUGAUUUUAGCGUUCAAGUAUCGCCAACUUCUCCCACUGCUAGGAAAUCAUUCUCUCAACCACAAAGAGUGGUUUUGGGUAUGCCCGAAAACGAUGGCGAAGAAAAUGUUAACGGAAAUACCAGCGUUCAACUACAUUAUAUGGUUCAACAUGAUGAACCGGAACGUCCUGUUUUUACUAAUUUAUAUUCUAGGGAAUCCACUUCAGAUCUAGAUUUAGAUGAAACGGAUGAUGUGAAUAGAAACGCUCAGCCGACGAGAGAUUAUAGCGAUGAUGAUCGAUUAGAAACGAUAGGACGAAAAGUUUCGGCUGCUUUAAUUGGUGUAACGAACGGAAAUAUCGUUUCGGAUAUUCGAACAUCGUCGGAUAACGGGAAUAUUACGGAUGGUUUGGAUUUGGAUGAGGUGUUAAGAAAGAGGAGAUGUUCGGAUACAAGACAAAUUAUUGAUAGCGCUGAAGAUAUUACGAAUGAUAGUGUCACAGAUGAAGAAGGAGAAGAUCAAUAUAAUUAUUCCUUGAGAAGGAAAAGUAAGCUUGGGAAAGAUCUGCCUAAUUUAAAGAUAAGUAUUGCUAGAAGACCGAUUUAUCCAGGUAGAAAAUCGGCCCGAUUCAAAACGAUACUAAACACAAAUACCUACUCCAAAGAAUCGAACGCCUCAGACGAAGGCAACACUUCAGAAUACUCAAACUCGCCGUCCAGUAAAUCGUCAACGUUGGAGUCGAAUCCAGAAUUAGCUCGAUCGAUAAGCGUCCAUCAUCACUCGAAAAGGACCAGCGGAAGCAGUAGCAGCAGAUAUGAAGCAUCUUCAGACAGUGAAUCUGAAGAUAACGUUACCAUUGCGACCCAAAUAGAUUUUAGUACAAGCAUUGUUGGUCGAACCGAAAAUAUUAAGAGAAGAGAGAGUGAAUGUAUCUAAAUUUACUAGUUUUUGAUAAGGUAUUUUUAUGGACUGAAAUUUCAAAAAAAAUGUUAUUAAAUUAAAUUUUGAAAAAAGUAAGUAAUUAAUUCUGGAAGUAAAUUUUAAUGUUUAAUACGUAAUUAUUGGAGACAUAUAAUAAUUGCAAUAAUUUAGAAACUGUUUAUUUUUUAAUUUGUAAAUAUCUCUUAUUUUCUUUUUAUUUUUUUUUUUUCUUUUGUUGCAAAUGUGCAGCAAUAUUAGUGAUAGAUAGCGGCAUUUGGCUGCUCAUUGAAGUACGAAGUAAUUGAAAUUAUUUAAUUGUGUUUUAGCAAUUAGGAAGUGUUUGUAUAAGAAAUUAUUGAUAAUCGAAAAUGUCGUCUAUUUACUAAUUUUGAGAUUAAAUAAGAUAAAAGUUGUUGGUUAAAAACUUAAAUUGUAAUUAAUGUUUUGUGAAAAAAGAAUUAAUUUAAUAGC